AAUGGUGAUGAUAUAUACAUAUACUACCAUGUUUGGAAAUAAAGAUUUUUUUUUUAUUUGACGUCGCUUGUAUAUGUUUAUUUUCUAACCCUAACCAAUCGGCAGACAGCAUUUCUUUGCAAUAUUUACAUACUGACGUGAUUGUAACCAAUCGGAUAACGAUAAAAAAGUGCAUACAACCUUUUUUUAGUCUACACGCCGACCGCAUAUGAUGAUUUCCAUGAUGGAUGGUCCAGGUGCUUUACAGUAGACAACAAUGAACAAUUCUGCUACUGUCUUUAGAAUUUCCAAAUUGGAAGAAGAAGUUUCUAAUUUGAAUAACAAAAUGGAUCGUCAAUACGAAAUGCUGAAGGAUCUUAUGCAACUUUUAGCUCCAUCUUUUGCUCAACCCAUGGAUGGCACAAUAACUAACGAGGCAAAACAAGCCAGCAAGAAAGCAUACCAAACUGGUGUUGCCAACUCUUUAAACCCUAAUCUUUUGGGUAAGCGUGACAUUCCAAAGCUACUAGAAGAAGCAUCACAAGCCAGCAAUUCUACUAAAAAACACGUUUAUCCUCCUGCUCGUCCCCGCCUGCUUGCCCUUAUCAAUUAUUUAAAGAAGGAAAAUAACAUUUGUAAUCUGGAUAUCAAUGACCCGGAAAACACCAGAGACUAUAAUAUACUCAAAACUAUCGCCAGAAAAACUCACGAUGACUUGACAGAAGAAAUCCUGAAGAAGCUGAAGAAAAACAAUUCAAAGGCUAUUUUACCUCUUUGGUCAAACAUUUCUUCUGAGGUGGUUUCAAAAUACGCCUAUAUUUUAGAAAAUAAUGCAAUUCAGCUCGGUUUUCCUUUGCAUCGCUGUGAAAGUUCAUGGGCUGCAAAUUUGUUAUUGUCCGAAACUCACAAGUUUCGAUGUAAUAGAGCUCGAAACAAGGCUAUUGUUUUCGGCAAUCCUACUGUGAUUGACCACGAUCAACGCACCAGAACUACUCCAAAUUUAGAAAAAGAAUUGAGAAAGGAAAGACCAACAUAUAACAAUAGACCCAAGGAUAGAUUCGAAGAGUACUUGGAAGGCUUCGAGGGUUCUACUUGGGGAGAGUUUGGCGGAAAUCGAUAUGACGAUGGUUAUGAUUCUCAUGGCAAUGAUUAUGAUUCUUAUGCGGAUCCUACUCCUUCUACUACUGGUCGUAAAACUUCUUCCUCUGCUGCUAAAACAUAUGGUUUUUCUAAUAAUGGAAAAAGACGCCAAAACGUUGAUACCAGAGAGGGAUACAGCGAUGAAGAACAGGGACUCACCCAUACAAAACGCUGCAGAUAGAUUUGGAAUUUUAAGUCACAUAACCAAAUAAAACUGGCGUAAGCCC